AUCACUCACCAAACCAUCACCCACAGUCUCACAUAACCAAAACCACACUUCACCAUUACCUCCUCCUCCUCCUAACCUUAUACUUCUCUCUUUCUCAACACAUUAUAUUAUAAAUCGUUCGGUCUAAAGAGAAAAUUUGCAUAAUUUGGAACAUGGCUGGAACUGGAUUGUUUGCUGAAAUCUUGGAUGGUGAAGUAUACAAGUACUACUCUUGUGGAGAAUGGACAAAAUCUUCUUCAGGAAAAAGUGUUUCCAUCAUCAAUCCCACUACUAGGAAGACUCAAUACAAAGUUCAAGCUUGUUCACAAGAAGAAGUUAAUAAGGUAAUGGAUUCAGCAAAAUCAGCACAAAAGUCAUGGGCAAAGACCCCGCUCUGGAAGCGGGCUGAGCUUCUACACAAGGCAGCUGCUAUUCUCAUAGAACAUAGAGAUCCAAUUGCUGAGUGCCUGGUCAAAGAAAUAGCAAAGCCAGCCAAAGAUGCAGUUACAGAGGUUGUGAGGUCAGGAGAUCUGGUUUCUUAUUGUGCUGAAGAGGGGGUAAGAAUUUUGGGAGAGGGGAAGUUCUUGGUGUCAGAUAGCUUUCCUGGAAAUGAAAGGACAAAAUAUUGCCUCACAUCAAAGGUUCCAUUAGGAGUGAUUUUAGCUAUCCCGCCUUUUAACUAUCCUGUCAACCUUGCUGUCUCAAAAAUUGCUCCUGCGCUGAUCGCCGGAAACUCAAUUGUGCUCAAGCCUCCAACCCAGGGAGCUGUUUCUGCUCUUCACAUGGUGCAUUGUUUUCACCUGGCUGGUUUUCCCAAAGGCCUAAUAAGUUGUGUCACAGGCAAAGGCUCAGAAAUUGGUGACUUCCUUACUAUGCAUCCAGGAGUGAAUUGCAUAAGCUUCACUGGUGGAGAUACUGGUAUUGCAAUUUCAAAGAAGGCAGGCAUGAUUCCUUUGCAAAUGGAGCUUGGAGGAAAGGAUGCCUGCAUUGUACUUGAGGAUGCGGACCUGGAUUUGGUGGCUUCAAACAUUAUAAAAGGAGGCUUUUCAUACAGUGGUCAGAGAUGCACAGCUGUUAAGGUUGUCUUAGUGAUGGAAACUGUUGCUGAUAAAUUGGUUGAGAAAGUGAAGGCUAGGGUGGCCAAACUAAGUGUUGGAGCACCAGAAGAUAACUCUGAUAUCACCCCAGUUGUUUCAGAAUCCUCAGCCAAUUUCAUUGAAGGCCUGGUCUUGGAUGCUAAAAAGAAAGGAGCAACAUUCUGCCAGGUGUAUAGAAGGGAAGGGAAUCUCAUUUGGCCCUUGCUGCUUGAUAAUGUUAGGCCUGAUAUGAGAAUUGCAUGGGAGGAGCCAUUUGGACCAGUUUUGCCUGUUAUUAGGAUCAAUUCCAUUGAAGAAGGGAUCCACCAUUGUAAUUCUAGCAAUUUUGGACUUCAGGGUUGUGUCUUCACAAAGGAUGUGAACAAAGCAAUAUUGAUCAGUGAUGCAAUGGAGACAGGCACAGUUCAGAUAAAUUCUGCCCCAGCUCGUGGACCUGAUCAUUUUCCCUUUCAGGGUAUAAAGGAUACACAUAAAUGCUUUCAGGUGAUCCAAAUGGAGAAAACAUCUUGGGCAUGCACUGUUAUCAUCCAAGUGUGUCUCUGCUUUGCUUUCUACAUAGCUCUCAACUUGGGUCAACCUCAGAAAUUGGUCAAAACAAAUGCAAGUGGCCAUGAACCUUUUGAUCUCUACUUCAUCAGUGUCAGAGGGGGUUUCAGACCCCAUUUCCAGCAAUUCCAUCUUCUCAAGCAGAUGGAGAAGGUGGCCAGAAUUUACAAGGCAAGUUUUGUUGUGAGCAGCAGUGAGCUUGGGGAAGAUGAUCCUCUCAUGCAGAAUGCUACUCAACAUUUUCCAUCAUUGAGAAUUCCCUGGUACAACACCUACACUACUGCAGCCUCAAAAUCAGAAGGACAAGAAGCGGUUUGCUUUGAAAAGAAGAUCAAGAUAUCUAAUGGGAAAACCUUAGACGUUAUCGGUGUGGAUACUCAAUUACUGCAAGACUCUGUCUUAAGGGGAUCAUUAAGUGGCAAUAGAAAUAAUAAAUUGCAUUUGCUGAUCAGAACAUUGGAAGCAAACAGUAGUAACUGGCGCAUUGUUGUUGGAUACCAACCACUUAUCAUCUGUGGAGAGAAUAAUAAGGAGCAAAUGAAGAAGAAGCAAGUUUUUGAGUAUUUUCACCGUAUGUUUCUGAAAUUUGCAGUAAAUGUAUACCUGAGUGGACAGGAUUGCACUAACCAUGGCAAUGAUGGUAGUGUUGCUUACAUAGGGAACCCUGGCCUAGUUGAGAAAGAGCCUUAUUCAAUUUUUCUAAAUGGAAACUCUCACUAUAGCAGAGAAUUGGCUAAUGGAUUCCUUCUUCACCGAGUCAGCUCAAUGCAAAUUGUAACCUACUAUAUAAAUUUAGUUGGUGAAGUUGCUUUCAAAAAUGUGCUCCAACAGAAGGGUACAGAUGUUAUGUAAAUAUUUCCAGUUGGAGAUCCAAUUAUUCUUUCUGGCAUUGGUGCUUCUGUGCUGCCUCAAGUUCCAAUUUCAUCUGAAGUUUUCCCCAGCCUGCUUCCCAAACAAGAACAAGUUUUUCAUUUCAAAUCCAUUUUUGACAACUAAGUCUAUAUUUUGGAAUGUAUUGUAAUGUUUAAGAACUUGACUAUGUUCAAGAUUCAUGUCCAGCAGCAGGAUUUGUAGUUUAUUCCUUCCAAGUAUUGUUAUGAUCUUGAGAAGGUAUCUUAAUUGUCUAAUGCAAAUACACAGCUCUCUGUGCAGACAACAUUUUCACAAAAUAAA